AUGAUCCCCGCAACCCCCAUGAGCUCCAACCACACGCGCAACCUCAUUGGCAUGAACGCCGUCAACGCCUGCCGCCUCAACGACACCAAGAACAAGCCCGGCUUCUGGUUUGUCCUGCAAGACCUCAGCGUCCGCACAGAGGGCACCUUUCGCCUCAAGCUCUUCCUCUUCGACAUUGGCGCCGGCGACGGCACAAACGCCACCGUUGCCGCAGACGGCCCCACGCGCGGCAAGGGCAAGUGCCUCGCCGUCAACUUCUCCGACCCCUUUACCGUCUAUUCGGCAAAGAAGUUCCCCGGCGUCAUUGAGAGCACGCCGCUGAGCAAGUGCUUUGCCCAGCAGGGCAUCAAGAUUCCCAUACGCAAAGAUGGCCCCAAGCUCCCUAAUCAAGCAGAGUAUGAUGCCGAUGAUUAA